AGCCCGGCAUAGCUCCAGCAAACAGACACACGUAGACGCACGUACCACACGGACCAACCCCCUUCUUCCCUUCCUUUCCCCGGCACUCAGACGGCCGGCGAGAGGCGGGACAGGCCAGGCGACGACCCCACUACUGCAACGAAGGGUCGGAUCCACCGUCUAUCGACCGAGGAGGUUUGAUACUGUGCUUGACUGCUGAGUGCCCACACUGCACAGCAGCAGCAGCAGCAGCACCAUGGCAGCUAUGGGAUCCAAGGACGGAGCAGAAUCCAAGCCAGGCGGAACGGCAGCAGGACUACAGGCAUGCAUCACCAACAUGCAUGCCAACAACCGGCCUGACAUGCAGCAGCACACUAUGAUAUACACACAGAAUUGCGUCCAAGAAUCAUUUGUGGAGAGAAACGCUCAUAAGACCCAGACGCUGCACCUGCCGAGUGAGCUGGAGCAAGGCUGGUGCGUCGUGCCCCCUACCCUGCAAACUAGAACCCCUGCAAUAGACCCAUGCAUGGUAUCAACUAGAGAGCCUCCAUACAGUUUCCGAAGCCCGGAGUCAGUGGAGAUGGAUGAGAUCAUGGCUGCUAUGGUCCUGACCAGCCUUUCCUGUAACCCGGUGGUCCAGAGUCCUCAGCAGACGGAAACUGGAACAGUUGGCUCCUCCUCAUCAGCUGAGAUGGAGUGUGGCGGUGGCGAGCUCUCCGACAGUGGCAGCAGCGGCUACUGGAGCUGGGAUCACGGCAAUGUGAGCCCGGCCCCCUCGCCGUCUGUCCCGGAAAUAGACAGCAGCCCAGAUGACGGCAUGCACAUGGAGCUGGAGCAGGGGGAGGAACUUCAUGCCAAAAAGCCAAAGAGCUCUUUCAAAGGUUUGUACAAGUGUCUGUGGCCCAAUUGUGGCAAGGUGCUCACAUCCUCAGUCGGAAUAAAAAGACACAUCCGAGUGCUGCAUCUGGGCGGGUCAGAUCAGUCACAGAGAGAAGAGGACUUCUACUACACUAAAAUCUCCUGUGAGGCGGUGGACACCAGCACUGUAUUAGUUCCUGCCCAGCAGGCUCUGGGCCAGGCAUCUCCUCUCAAUUGGGCCACGUGCAAUUCACCAACUGGUUCGGCUGUUCAGAUCCCACCGGGACAUAGGCCAAGGUCCAACUCCAGCUCCGGCCUCGUUUCAAGCCGGCCCAGUCCGCUCAGUCAAUCAGCCCCGAGCAGCUUCUGGCAGAUCCACACCGAACAUCUCUAUCAGGCGUGCAACCCCGUCCAGGCACCUCUAGCCCCAAAAAGUCCAGGGUGCCACACUUUGACCACCACCGCCGUGGCCUCAAGCCACAAUAACACUCAGAUGGUGAAACCUCGCUGUCGGUCCGUCAGUGUCGGGGAGCAAUGGCUGCAACAGAAUCGGCUCCAGACAAUGAGCGCGUCGCCCUCGCGUACUCACUGCUCCUUCAGGAAAGGACGCGGGGAGGCCAAGAAAUGUCGCAAGGUAUACGGAGUGGAGCGAAAGGACCAGUGGUGCACUGCCUGCCGCUGGAAAAAAGCCUGCCAACGUUUCCCUGACUAAACAGCAAAAUGGAUGGAUGGUUGGAUGGAUGAAUGGAUGAUAAAAUUGAAUUUUAUCAUAAAAGAUGUUAUAGUGUAUAUAACAGCCAUUGAAAAAAAAGUUUUAUUUUACUUUUGUCAUUGUAUUUUUUUUUUUUUUUUACGUGCAACUUUGUUUCAUAAGCUGACAUACAAGACGGUUUGUUAUAAGACUUUUGAGUUCGAGGGCAACCAAUUCAAAAAUUAGUUGUAAUGUGCCGAAGACUUAAGUUUGCAACAGUUAUUAUAAGAGGUGGACGUUUGCUAAUAUUCUGCCUGGUUAUUCUUCCCUUGAGAAAUGAAGGUUUGUGUAUGUUUGUAUCCUGUUGGUCUGCUUCGGUGCUAACUGGUGACUGACGAUCAUGUGACGUACUCGGCCUACAAUAUUCUCCUACUCUCUAUCAUGUACAGUAUUAGACUGCUUAGAUUGCUUGUUUGUUUAAUCCAAAACUCUUCCAGUGGUUUCUGAUGUAUAUUAUAUUGUGUGCUUUGAGCUACGUACGAGUAUUUUGUACCUUUUUUAAUGUCUCGUCAAGCUUAAGUGUUUUGUUUUAUUUUGUUUUGUUUUGUUUUCCCCUGAUGGUAAUGGCACUUUGGUAGAAUAUAAUAAUCACAGGAAUAAGCUACAAUACAUUUGGUUUCAUUGACCCAAAUGGUUUCUCUUCCUGCCUAUGCGUUGGAAAACAACCCAUGUUGGAGGUUGUUCGGAGUAAUCGCUGCGACUGGAGUUUGUAAAAGCAAUAAAAAAUAAAACGAAAAAGGAAAUGCAGUAUAUUGUCACACAAGCAAAUCAAUAAAACACUGAGAAUUUGAAACACUUGUUUUCUUUUCCGCAUGAAAGUCCACAAAAGAAAUAGCAAACUAUUUUUAUUCUUGUUUUUCUAUACACAUUUUAUGAAGACUUAGAACAACGAAUUAAUGUUAAAAAUUGUUGAAAUUUACAUCGUACCCACAAAUGUAAUUUAUGAGAUGCUGGUGCAGGGAAAAACAAAUGCAUGCAUCUGCACCAUUUCUCAAACUCUCUAUACUCAGCACACACUGUACAAAUAUCUUUACGUCUCAGAAUACACUAUUAAGAUGAAUGAAAACAAUAUUUGUGGCUGCAAGUGUACUUUUGGAGGGUGACAAUAAAGACCAUGGCUGUCAUGCAUUGUUAAUUCCUCGCUUUAGCUCUUCAACUUUAAGAUGGUGUCAUUUAAAACUCCUUUGCUUUUCCACACACAGCAAAUAACAGGCCCAAGCCAUUUCCAGCUCCACUAAGCGCAGUAUUA